AUGCGUGAGGCGGAGGACAUUUCGAACAAUGUUACAACAGACCCACGGAAGGAUGGAGAAUCAUAUGUGGGCAAAGGAAUCGGAUUAGAUUUAAUGGAUAUCGAUACCUCUGACCACAGAAGAACUGAUCACGACCGGCAGAAUAGAGGGCUUGAUCAAAGCUUCGGUGGGAAUACAAUGGAUUUGGAUUACAAAGCGACAUCUUCCACGCAGGAGGAAGAGCUUAGCCUGGCAGCUCUCCAGCAGGAUAUAGGCACGGCUUUCCAUCUCUGCAAAUCCUCUUAUACCGUAUCUGGCCCGAAUCCGAGCCUAGAUCUAGUAUCACUCUACGGCCUAGGUCCAGUUGCUUCCUCAGUUGCUCGAACAGACCCGGUCACGGGCGAGAAAAUUAACAGAUUAAGAAAGUCCUAUGAAGGGAAAAUUAAAGGCCUUGGUCUAGCAGGAAGAAAUAAACCCGUCAAAGCUGAACCCGGGACACCUGGAGGAUUGAAAUAUUUGACGUUAUGGCCAGAAGAGGAGUGGCAAAACCAAAAAGUUUAUGGAAAGGAUAUCAAAGUGGCCGAACCGGACUCGUCGUUCUUCAAGCAGCAAUUAAAGGCAAUGAAAAUGGAGCCAGGAAGCUUACCUAACCAUGAAUUUUGGGAGAUGCUCUAG